GACGGAGCGCCGCCGCCCAGCGCAGCGCAGCGGCCAGGCGCAGGAGGGAGGCGCCGCGCGGCCCGGCUCCCCGCGUGCCGCCGCUCGGGGGACAGCGGCCGCCUCCGCGCUCCCGGCCGCUCCGCUCCUCGCCGCUCCUCUGGCCGCCUCAGGGCCUGCAGGCUGUGACACAAACACUGCAUCACGCUGUGCACUAUGUUCAUGACUGACUGAUCAACUCAAGAAGACCCAGCUGGUUUUGUGACUCGGAACCCUGUUUGCGACACGCUGUUGCAUAUUUCGAAGACAACAGUACUGUCCAGAGGAAGAAAUGACCAUGUAGAUUCUACAGCCUGGGUGCUGCAUAAUGGGAAGUGGUGAAUGGAGUGGAGCUGGUCUGCAGCCUUGAAAGCAGCCGUUCUGCGGACCUCUAGUCGGUCAGGGGCACCUUGCACACCAGAGGCAUUCUCCACGUCGCUCACUGGACACAUGCUGGAUUGUUUUUAAUCCUAGGCUGGAAUUCGAGACUUGUCUCCUUCAGUUUUUAAACGAUUUUAAGCUUCUAUCAACUACAACAAGUGGAGCAAUAUAAUCAGUAACCAUGGGUGACAUGACAAAUAGUGAUUUUUAUUCCAAGAACCAAAGAAAUGAGGCCAACCAUGCAGGAGAAUUUGGGUGCACCCUGCAAGAACUGCGCUCCCUCAUGGAACUCCGAGGAACAGAAGCAGUGGUAAAAAUUAAAGAGACAUAUGGGGAAACAGAGGGGCUCUGCAGGCAUCUGAAGACAUCACCAACAGAAGGGUUAGCUGGCACUGCUGCAGAUCUAGAAAAACGAAAGCUUAUUUUUGGAAAAAACUUCAUACCCCCAAAGAAGCCAAAAACGUUCAUACAGCUAGUGUGGGAAGCACUGCAGGAUGUGACUCUUAUAAUCUUGGAAAUUGCAGCCAUCAUAUCCUUGGGGCUUUCGUUUUAUCAGCCACCUGGAGAAGGGAAUGAAGGGUGUGGCACUGCAACAGGAGGAGCUGAAGAUGAAGGUGAGGCUGAAGCUGGCUGGAUUGAAGGUGCUGCCAUCCUGCUGUCUGUUAUCUGUGUUGUACUUGUCACUGCCUUCAAUGACUGGAGCAAGGAGAAGCAGUUUCGUGGGCUUCAAAGUCGUAUUGAGCAGGAACAGAAAUUUACUGUUGUCCGAGGUGGACAGGUUAUCCAAAUCCCAGUGGCAGAGAUAGUAGUUGGUGACAUUGCACAGGUGAAAUAUGGUGAUCUCCUACCUGCCGAUGGGAUAUUUAUUCAAGGAAAUGAUCUUAAAAUUGAUGAAAGUUCUUUGACUGGAGAAUCAGACCAAGUCCGCAAAUCUGUUGACAAAGAUCCAAUGCUACUGUCAGGUACUCACGUCAUGGAAGGCUCUGGACGAAUGCUUGUAACUGCUGUGGGUGUGAAUUCUCAGACAGGCAUCAUCUUUACUCUGUUAGGUGCUGGAGGAGAAGAAGAAGAAAAGAAAGACAAAAAAGAUUCUUCCCAUCCCUCCUCCCACCCUCCUUCAGCAACAGAUGGUGCAGCAGGUGCAAAUGCCACUGAUAAUGCAAAUGCCAGCUUAGUCAAUGGCAAAAUGCAGGAUGGGAAUAUGGAGAACAGCCAGAACAAAGCCAAGCAGCAGGAUGGGGCUGCUGCCAUGGAGAUGCAGCCACUGAAGAGUGCCGAGGGGGGUGAAGGAGAUGACAAAGACAAGAAGAAAUCCAACAUGCACAAGAAAGAAAAGUCUGUCCUUCAGGGAAAGCUGACCAAGCUGGCAGUCCAGAUAGGCAAAGCAGGUUUGGUGAUGUCUGCCAUCACUGUAAUCAUUUUGGUACUAUAUUUUGCCAUUGACACCUUUGUGGUGAAAAAGAAACAGUGGUUACCUGAGUGCACUCCUGUCUAUGUUCAGUAUUUUGUUAAAUUCUUCAUUAUUGGUGUUACUGUACUUGUGGUUGCUGUCCCUGAGGGUCUUCCACUUGCUGUCACUAUUUCUUUGGCUUAUUCUGUAAAGAAAAUGAUGAAAGAUAACAAUCUGGUCCGCCACUUAGAUGCCUGUGAAACUAUGGGUAAUGCCACAGCCAUAUGCUCUGACAAAACAGGGACGCUAACAACCAACCGGAUGACAGUCGUCCAAGCCUAUAUUGGUGAUGUGCACUACAAAGAGAUCCCUGACCCUGAUUCUGUACCUGCUAAGACCCUCGAAUUGCUGGUUAAUGCAAUUGCUAUCAACAGUGCUUACACUACAAAAAUUCUGCCACCAGAAAAAGAGGGCGGCCUGCCUCGGCAGGUGGGCAAUAAGACGGAAUGCGGCCUCCUGGGCUUUGUCCUGGAUUUGAAGCAGGAUUAUGAGCCUGUUCGGAACCUCAUCCCCGAGGAGAAACUUUAUAAAGUGUACACGUUCAACUCUGUGAGAAAGUCAAUGAGUACUGUCAUUAAAAUGCCAGAUGGUAGUUUCCGAAUGUACAGCAAAGGAGCUUCGGAAAUCGUUCUGAAGAAAUGUUCCAGGAUCCUUAAUGCAGCUGGUGAACCUCGUAUCUUCAGGCCACGUGACCGGGAUGAAAUGGUCAAGAAAGUGAUUGAACCAAUGGCCUGUGAUGGACUGAGAACUAUCUGUGUUGCCUUCCGAGACUUCAACAGCAGCCCAGAACCUGACUGGGACAAUGAAAAUGACAUUUUAUCUGAUCUGACUUGCAUUUGUGUUGUUGGCAUUGAAGAUCCAGUAAGACCAGAGGUCCCAGAAGCCAUAAGAAAGUGCCAGCGAGCUGGAAUUACAGUCCGCAUGGUCACUGGAGACAAUAUCAACACAGCACGUGCCAUUGCCAUAAAAUGUGGAAUCAUUCAUCCAGGAGAAGACUUUCUUUGCCUUGAAGGGAAGGAGUUUAACAGAAGGAUCCGAAAUGAGAAGGGAGAGAUUGAGCAAGAGCGGAUUGACAAAAUCUGGCCAAAGCUUCGAGUACUUGCUCGGUCAUCUCCCACCGACAAACAUACUUUGGUCAAAGGUAUUAUUGACAGCACACAGGUGGAGCAGAGGCAGGUUGUAGCUGUGACUGGUGAUGGAACCAAUGAUGGACCAGCACUUAAGAAAGCUGAUGUUGGCUUUGCAAUGGGUAUUGCUGGAACAGAUGUUGCAAAGGAGGCCUCAGAUAUCAUCCUAACAGAUGACAAUUUCAGUAGCAUUGUGAAGGCUGUAAUGUGGGGACGUAAUGUGUAUGAUAGUAUCUCCAAAUUCCUGCAGUUCCAGCUCACUGUUAACAUUGUGGCUGUGAUAGUGGCUUUCACUGGAGCAUGCAUUACCCAGGACUCUCCUCUAAAAGCUGUACAGAUGCUGUGGGUCAAUCUAAUUAUGGACACUUUUGCCUCACUUGCUCUGGCCACUGAACCUCCAACAGAAGCUCUAUUGCUAAGAAAGCCAUAUGGCAGGAACAAACCUCUUAUAUCCCGUACCAUGAUGAAGAACAUUCUGGGCCAUGCUGUCUACCAGCUUACUCUAAUAUUUACACUUCUUUUUGUUGGUGAGAAAAUGUUUAAGAUUGACAGUGGGAGGAAUGCACCGCUCCACUCUCCUCCUUCAGAGCACUACACCAUUAUCUUCAACACUUUUGUCAUGAUGCAGCUUUUCAAUGAAAUCAACGCACGCAAAAUCCAUGGAGAGAGAAAUGUUUUUGAUGGCAUCUUCAGAAAUCCUAUUUUUUGCACUAUUGUACUGGGUACAUUUGCUAUUCAGAUAGUAAUUGUCCAGUUUGGAGGAAAACCAUUUAGCUGUUCUCCCCUGCAGCUUGACCAGUGGAUGUGGUGUGUAUUUAUUGGAUUAGGAGAACUUGUAUGGGGUCAGGUCAUUGCAACCAUCCCAACAAGUAGGCUAAAGUUUUUAAAGGAGGCAGGGCGGCUCACUGAGAAGGAAGAGGUUCCUGAAGAAGAACUCAAUGAAGAUGUUGAAGAAAUUGAUCAUGCAGAGAGAGAACUUCGACGUGGACAAAUUCUCUGGUUCAGAGGGCUUAACAGAAUCCAAACCCAGAUCGAAGUAGUCAAUACUUUCAAGAGUGGCACUUCCUUUCAGGGGGCUCUAAGGAGACAGUCCUCCGUCACAAGCCAGACCCAGGAUGUAACCAAUAUUUCUAGCCCUAGUCACGUAUCGUUAUCCAAUGCUCUUUCCUCUCCUACCAGCACAUCUGCUGCUGCGGCUGGGCAUCCGCGUCGUGAAGGCAUUCCGUAGCUCUCUCUAUGAAGGUUUAGAAAAACCAGAAUCUAGAACCUCUAUUCACAACUUUAUGACUCAUCCUGAGUUUAGGAUAGAAGAUUCCCAGCCCCACAUCCCACUCAUUGAUGACACAGACCUAGAAGAAGACCCUGCUCUCAAGAAAAACUCAAGUCCACCGUCUUCGCUCAACAAGAACAACAGUGCUAUCGACAGUGGAAUAAAUCUUACAACUGACACAAGUAAAUCAGCUACCUCUUCUAGUCCAGGAAGCCCAAUACAUAGCCUGGAGACAUCACUUUAGCUGAAAAGGUCACUGCAAAAAAAAAAAAAAAUAAAGUAAAAUAAAAUAAAAUAAACAACCACAGCAACCGAAAUCUAUAAAUAUAUAUAUUAAAAAACAUUGCUGGCUGAAAAGCUGUUUGAACUCUUAUUCACUCUGAGACAAGUGAAUGAAUUGUUAAUCACAAUGGUUUUGGGGAAGGAAUGAAUGGCUGAUUUACAUACCCCCCCUCUUGUUCCCUUUCAGAAAACAAAACAAAACAAAAAAAUCCUGCAUGAAUGUACUGUACACUUCUGGCCCUUCUUUUUUUCUUUUUCUUUCUUUUUUUUCUUUUUCUUUUUCUUUUUUCCUCCUUAAGCAGGAACUGCAGAGGACUUCUUUCUGCGGCUAUUUAUCCAAUUCACUGGUCUGUGAGUUUUUUGAAAUGCUUGUGUGGCAUGGACUCAAUUGUAUAGAUUAAUUUAAAGAACUUUUUUGAAGUUGCAAAGCUUAACUUGCACAGUAGAUUUGCACCAGUUGGACAGAGGAACUUAAACAUUUAUGAGACUAUAUAUAGAGAUAUAUACAUAUAAGUAUAUACAUAAUUAAUUAUAUAUAUGUAUAUAUCUAUAUAUAUAUAUACAGUUAUAUAUAUAUAAAGUUUCUUUGUUGGCAUGUUGCCUUGUUUCUGCUCAAAUUGCUCUGACUAUUUUAACUUAUUUAUGUCCUAAAAAAGAAUGUAAUUUGUUUACAAACCUGUAGAUAAUAUCCUUAACUAUUUGUAGGGUUAAGAAAGCACUUCCUGCCGAAGUAGUAUAAAAAUGGCUCAGCUCAGCUCAUUGAAACGUCUGUAAUAUCGCACCCUGGAUAUUUUAUUGCAACUGCGUUCUGAUUUCUGCCUGUUUUGUUGUUGUUGUUGUUUUGGGUUUUUUCUUUUUUUUUCUUUUUUUUUUUCUUUUUUUCUUUUUUUUUUUUUUUUGUUAAAUAUUGUAGAUAUUGCAAGUAAAUAACGAAAGAAGCCAAAAUAUUAUAAGACAUUGGAUGUAGCAUUGUGAUCCUAUAUACAGGGAGGUAAAACAGGCUUCCUUUGUUUCAAAUAAAAAUCAGAAUGAUCAGGUUCUCUCUUUUUUUUUUUUCCCUCUGAUAACCUGCUUGAAUUUGUUUUGGUGCAACGUUUGAGAAUGGAGGCUAUUUCAUUCUUUAAGCAUAUGGCAAUGGCUUCCAAAAAAUAUUUUUAGACAGAUAAUAUGUGAAACUGAGUUGAGUUUAUAAAUAACAGAUUUAAAAUAAGUUAUAUUUGGUUUGUCUAUAUGGAGAUCAAACUACUGUUUAAAUAUUGUGACAUAUUGUGUUAAUCCUUUUCAGUUAGUGAUAUAGGCAUUUAUUUCCGUAUUACUUACGAAGUACGGGCUGUUGGCAUUUUGGAUGAAAAUCACUGUAGGUUGUUGCUUUGAUUUUUUUUUUUUUUAAGGAAAAUAUCAUUUCUGCACUAUUAGGUCUGAAUGAAACGAUAUUAAUUGUAUACUGAGAUAUUCUUUGUGUGAUUUUUUUUUUUUACCAAGCUUGUCUUCCUGUAGUCACAAAGUAUACUGUAACACAGUACAUUGUUUUACCUUGAGCUUUCUACAAAGAAAGCAACUUUGAAAACCUGCAGUAAGGAGGGUGAAAAUUCUUUUUCAAGAUGGUAACAGCCCUAAUAACUUAAAAUUUAUGAGCUUAUAUAAUUGCUACGUCAACCACUUGAAUGCUAAGCACUUUGUGGAUCACAGAUUUUUCAUAAAUAAUUUUUGUAUUUAAUAUAAAGUUUGCUUGGAGACUUUUCAGCAUAUAAUCUUUUCCAUAACUGUACAGUGCAAAAGAUAUUUUGAAUUACACCACUGAUUAUGCCAGAUGUGUUGAAAAACACUCUCAAACUAGCUUGACAAAUUGAUUUGUUAAGGUAUUACUGGUUGUCUUAAGGUUGGCUAAUAACAUGGUGCAUCUCUGCAGUCACAAGAACUAAACCAAGCCAGAACUCUUCUAAACAGGAUUAGACUCAUGGCCAAACUGCAGACUGAACUGACUAAAACGUUUUCAGGGUGCAUCAAGACUAUUCAGCCAGGUAAAGCUCAAAUCAGCUUGAAUUGCCAGCUUCCGGACUCUUGUGUAGAAGCUUGAAUGUUUUUGGCUCAAAUUCGUAGUUUGCUAUCUGAUCCAAACCUUUCAUUCAACAACAGAACAGGUCGUGGGAGGUGUAUACAACUGUUUCCAGCAGAUAGUGUUACCCGUUUCUUAACAGUAAAAGCUAGCAUGGAAGCAUUAUUAUUUUAGCUAAUUCCUAGCAACAAAGUGAUUGAAACUCAGUCAGGAUUGUUCUUCGCUUUGUAAAUACGGUGACUAACCUUUGUAUAACAUGUAUUGGGUUUCUAUGGCCUAUUUGGGAUAUCAUAUUCAGAAGAAAAAGUGUUAUCUAUUUACAGGGAAGCCUCUAGCUUUGGACUUGAACACCUACAAAAGUUAUUAACACUGGAACAAUUUGUUUUCAGCAUCUUAACACUGACUGUUUGCCUUUUUAUUUUCAAACUUCAUAUUUUUUCUUGGUUUCAUUUUUUUUUAACUUUUCCUGUAGGAGUAUCCCUCCCUAAGGUACCAUUUGCAGACUUGAAAACUGUUAAGAAAAUGAACACUACAUUCUUGUAUAUAUAGUAAAACAUAUAUAAACUGAGAUGCAUAGAUAACUUGGGCUUUUGUGAGCAGAGACUGUGCUUUAUGUAUAUGAUAAAUGAUAGAUUUUUUUUAAAGCAGAAUAGCUAUGACCUUUCAACUACAAGUCGUGCAUCACAAUUCCUUUCUUUUAUUGCUUGACCUCUCUGUGAUGGGAACAAUGGAUCAAAAACCAAAAUGAUCAGUUUGUUAAAUUCCCUGCAAUAUAUAAAUGCUCGCUCUCGACGUACUGUACUUAGCAGCAUGAGAUUUGUGGACAACAAUACAGUGGUACAUUGGCAAUCCAUCCCACUAGGGGUUAUUAAUAUAUGUUCAUUCAUCUGUUUUUAUGAAUUUUUUUAUCUAGACAAUAAUUGUAAAUAAAGAACUUACUCUGUCUGUUCAUUUAAUACUAUGCAAAAGGUUAUGCUUUCUAUUGUUAUUCUUAUUCCUACAGUGUGAUGCUGGAAUGUUUGUGGUUUCAAAACAAAAAAAAACCAACAAAAAAAAAAAAGACAAAAGUAAGUAAAAUAUGUGAUGUAAAUUAUUUUAUAGUUUGAAACAAAAUGAUAAAGUUUUACUCUUGCUGCUUACUGUCUAAUAGAUCUCUCUUGGCAGGAGCACAAGUGGAAAAUUUAAAGAAAUAAAUUCACAAAGCAGCAUGAACAAUAA